AUGCGCUUCUCCACCUUCCUCGCCGGCUUCAUGGCCGUCUGCGCCGUCUCAGCCAUCCCAACAAGUAUCUUCUUGCCGGUCGGCAACCUUCCCUCCCAGCCAACCACCAGCACCCUCGUCCUCAAGGACUUGGACACCCUCAACACUGCGAUUACAGACCUAGGAACGGCGGUCCAGAAUAUCAUCAACUUUAAGAAAACCAACAUCGGCAAUGGUGUCACCCUCCUGACAGCUGUCCUCGAGAAGACCAUUGCCUACCAGAUCGCUACUCAGACAGCCCGGCUCAAUGCCCAGGGCAUCGCCGGAACGUUCAGUCUCGAUGAUUCUGUCGCCGUUAUCAACCAGCUCAAGAACGUCAUCUACCCCAUUCUGAAGAUUGCCACAGACUUGUUGAACACCGCGAAGACCGUGGGCGCUCUCGGCACCAACACUUCCAUUGCAGGUUCCCCGGUCAAUAUCCUUUCGCCUCUGGGUCUGACGAACUACCUCGAACUUAUCAAGACAGAUACUGCCGGCUUCACCACCGCUCUUCUGUCGUACAUUGAUCCCACCUUACAACCCAACGCCACCGCCGUCACCAACAACAUGAACAACUUGUUGAAUGUCACCUACGAUUUCUACACCACCUGA